ACCGGUCAGUUGGACUCUCCGGGAGGGGACAGUCCGGGCAGCGCGGCUGGUCCUCCCUGGAGCACGAGAGACCUGCUGCUCUUCGGGCCUCUCGGGGUCAGCGUCCAGGCGGGCGGCGAUGAUCCUCGAGGAGAGGCCAGAUGACCAAGGCGCUGGCGAGGACAGGGCCCGGCAGAAGGACGAAGGCAGCAUCCGCAAGGGCUAUGACUCCUUGGUGCAGAACCCGCCUGGCCAGCUGCAGAGCCACAGGGCUCGGCUCCACCAGCAGAUCAGCAAGGAGCUGCGGAUGAGGACCGGUGCUGAAAACCUCUACAGAGCCACCAGCAACAGCUGGGUCCGAGAGACAGUCGCCUUGGAGCUGAGUUAUGUCAACUCUAACCUGCAGCUGCUGAAAGAGGAGCUGGCGGAGCUGAGCAGCAGCAUAGAUGUGGACCAGCCAGAGGGGUGUGAGACCCCAGGCGGGGCAUGCACACCCUUGUGGAGGGGGCACCCGGGUGAUGGGAGCCUCGGAACGGGACUCCAGGCCCCCUCUAUGGGCAGUGGGUCUAGAGCCCAUUCUUCUGGUUCUAGUGAAAGUGUUACCAUUCCCAUGAUCCCCCUGGGCCUGAAGGAAACCACUGAGUUGGACUGGGCCACACCCCUGAAGGAGCUGAUCUCUGAGCACUUUGGAGAAGAUGGUUCCUCCUAUGAGACAGAGAUCCAGGAACUAGAGGACCUACGGCAGGCCACGAGGACUCCCAGCCGAGACGAGGUAGGCCUGGAUCUGCUUGCAGCCUACUAUAGCCAGCUCUGUUUCCUGGACGCACGUUUCUUCAGUCCCUCCCGGAGCCCAGGGCUGCUCUUCCACUGGUACGACUCGCUCACGGGGGUCCCGGCACAGCAGCGGGCUCUGGCCUUCGAGAAGGGCAGUGUACUGUUUAACAUUGGGGCACUCCACACGCAGAUCGGAGCGCGGCAGGACUGCGCCUGCACCGAGGGCGCCACCCAUGCCACUGAGGCUUUCCAGAGGGCUGCUGGGGCUUUCAGACUCCUGAGAGAGAACUUCUCCCAUGCACCGAGCCCAGACAUGAGUGCCGCCUCCCUCUCCAUGCUGGAGCAGCUCAUGGUUGCCCAGGCACAGGAGUGCAUCUUCAAGGGCCUCCUGCUGUCAGCCUCUGCAACACCUGACAACGGUCCGGCUCAGCUGCAGUUGGCUCAGGAAGCUGCCCAGGUGGCAGCUGAGUAUGGCCUUGUGCACCGGGCCAUGGCCCAGCCGCCUGUCCGAGACUACCUGCCCACCUCCUGGACUAACCUGGCACGUGUCAAGGCUGAGCACUUCUGCGCCCUGGCCCACUAUCACACAGCCAUGGCCCUCUGUGAAAGCUCCUCAGCCAAGGGAGAACUCUCAAGGCAGGAGCACACCUCCCAGCCCUCAACUACCUGUGAGCCCCAAGGCCCCACGCUGCCGCAGCACCCGGAGGAACGCAGGAAACUUGCCAAGGCCCACCUGAAGCGUGCCAUCCUGGGCCAGGAGGAGGCGCUGCGGCUUCACACUCUGUGCAGAGUCCUGCGCCAGGUGGACCUGCUCCAGGUUGUGGUGACGCAGGCCCUGCGGCGCUCGCUGGCCAAGUACUCGGAGCUUGAGCGCGAGGAUGACUUCUUCGAGGCUGUGGAGGCCCCCGACAUCCAGCCCAAGACCCAGCAGGCACCAGAGGUGAAGAUGCCCAGCCUGUCCCAGAUGAAGGUGACGGACUUCUUCCAUCGUCUGGGUCCCCUGUCUGUGUUCUCAACCAAGAACCGGUGGCAGCUGGUAGGACCGGUGCGCAUGACCCGAGGAGAGGGUGGCUUCGGUUUCACCCUGAGGGGGGACUCCCCCGUCCUCAUCGCUGCCGUCGUUCCCGGGGGCCAGGCUGAGUCUGCCGGCCUGAAGGAGGGUGACUACAUCACGUCGGUGAAUGGGCAUCCUUGCAAGUGGUGGAAGCACGUGGAGGUGGUGGCCCAGCUGAGGGGCACGGGCGACGAAGGCGUGAGCCUGGAGGUCGUGUCCCUGCUGCCCGGCCCCGAACCACGCAGCACGGGACCCCGACGUUCAGCACUGCUGUGGGGCCAGAGAGAGUGUGGUUUAGAGACACCGGUGCCUGCACGUGCCCGCCCCUGGCCCAUCCUUGGCUGGAGCCGCAAGACCAAACAAAACAAGCCCAGGAGCCACCCUGACCCCUGCACCAACAGGAACUGUGUCACCUGUCCCUGAGCUGGGCGUCCUGUACCCCUGUGUGAUCAGAGGGGGGCAUCUUCCUGGGCACAGCAGCCUGUAACCAGCUCCAGCCAGCCAGGGCCGCCUAGUGCGUUCUGUCCCUCUGCUCUAGGGGACCAUCAGGCUGCCCCCCACACACACCUUGCUUCGAGCUAGAGAUGUCUAUUAAAAAUGCUGGUCAGAG